CCCCGCUACCCUCCACCCCUCUCAGGCUCUCGCCAACACCACCACUCCUCCUCGUCAAGCUCACAAGCUCAUAUCCUCCCCGCAUCGAGCUGCAACGAUCCCUACCCCGGCUCCUAUACCGAGCUUCGCUUCUUGCAGCGAUGGAGGGCGGGGAGAGCGGCGGGCGGGCGCGGCUGGUCUUGGAGCUGCGCCGUGUGCAGGAGCUGGUGCGCCAGCUCGAGCUGCAGCUCCACGGGCCCUCCACCUCCGUCGACCUCUGUCGCCGCCUCGCCCACCAGAUCGUCGCGCUCACCGAACGCUCCAUCGGCAUGGUCCGCUGCGCUGACGCCGCCACCGCCACCGCCGCGCAUUUCCCUGCCACGCCGACGCCGCCGCUGUCCGGAGCGCCCAGUCCGCUCAGCGACGCCGGCUCCGACCAGCCCUUCAGGGGCAGCCCCAAGAAGCGGAAAGCCACGGCGCGGUGGGCGAACCAGGUGCGCCUGAGCGCGGCGGGCGGCGCCGAGGGCCCCGCCGACGACGGCUACUGCUGGAGGAAGUACGGCCAGAAGGACAUCCUCGGCGCCAAGCACCCGCGCGCAUACUACCGCUGCACCCACCGCAACUCGCAAAACUGCCCGGCCACCAAGCAGGUGCAGCGCACCGACGACGACCCCACGCUCUUCGACGUCGUCUACCACGGCGAGCACACCUGCAGGCCCGGCGGCGGCGCCAGGAGGGCGCAGCCGCAGCACAACCCGCACGCGCAGAGCAUGCUGCAGGGCCUCGCCGCCGAGCUAACGGUCACCACGGACGGCAUGAUCGGCAGCGCGGCUGUCCCGCCACUGACACCGGAGAGCUGCCCGGCGCGAGGCACAUGCUCACCGUGGUCGCUGGCGUCACCUGUCGGCUCAGACUCCAACGGCUACCUGGGCGUGUCCCAGGGCCCGUUGGCGGGUUACAGGGAGUGGCCGUCGGACGGCGACCUCCAGGAGGUGGUUUCAGUGUUCGCAGCCGUGCCGGCGCUGGACGCCGAGUUCAUGGCCAUGCCGGAGUACUUUGGUUUUGACCCGAGCUUCGACACCGACGCCACAGACGCCAUGCCAAGCCUCUUCUUCCCAUGAGGGGAAGAGGGUCGAUUGCAAGUGGGACCAGCCCUGUCCAUGUCACCAUGACAGGAGGGAAGAGCAGAGAAGCCUCUUCAUACGAUCUGUGCAGUAGCAGAAAGCAGCUUUAGGAUAUCUGAAUAGCAUGUCUUGUUUCAUUCCCCUUUGUUUUUUUUCCCUCUCAACUAGCAGAAAGUGGUUGUGUUGGUUUUUUUUAAUUUCAGUCAGCGAGGAAAAAUAACAAUAAAUUACUUUUGCAA